UGAUUUAUUUAAUGUGUUGUAAUAUGCAACAUGUACAGAAAACUUAUAAAAAUAAAAUAAUUCGGGGAAGUCAGAAAUUCGAAUACACAAACGUUAUCAGUGUACACUUGAUAUUAAUUGUAUCAUGAACUUUAUAUUAUAAUACAUCGAGUUGCAAACAUAAUGGUACAAAGUAUACAGAGUUGUCACAUUUGACGUUAAAAAAGUCUAAAAUCAGACGUUGUCUAGCUUUUGUGAAACUUGUGCAUGAAGAGAUAUAUAAAAUACAGCUAAAAAAAAUAGUGUGAAACUUGUGUUGGAAAAUAGAAAUAGUUUUUUGCUCGUGGCGGCUCUGUAUACCCUAUGAUAGUGGGGUGGCAGCAUUGAAAAAGAUUUUCUAUGAGGUUUUUUUGUUCAAAUCAUUUCAGCAGAUCGGGCUAUAAAUGGUAACACUGUGAUAAAUAAACUUGAUAGAAAAACUUGUAGGUGUAACUGCGGAGUUAGUAAACUGAGAGAAUCCAUUCAAUAAAAUAAAUUAAAACAUCACAAAAUAAAUAUUAUAAAAUGGAAACAAAAUCAAAGAAAGCUAAAUUUUCAUAUAAAAUAACACCACAAACUUUAAAACAAUAUGAAAAGAUGAAUGUGUAUUUCACAAUUCCCCGUUUGGUGGCCUACUACGAAUAUAAUCAUGGAAAAAUCACUCCAGCCAAGCGAAUUAUGUAUUAUAGAAAUCCAACUCCUCGUCAAUAUCCAAUUGAUUUAAAUGCCGGUUUUGAAACAUACAUAAGACGAAAAUCUUCUAUACGUUCACAAUAUAUUGAAUUGUUGCUUAAAUAUGAGAUGAAAUGUAACGGCGAAUGUCGGGAUGUUGAGAAAACAAAAGUCAUAACAAGACGUGGUACUUUAGUCCAUAUAAUGGAAUCAUAUUAUAAUAAACAAUAUGAUAAGUUAUCUAUACGUGUAUCGCGUUAUAAUGGCAAUAUUUAUAUGGUGAGAGAAGAAUUAGAUGAUUCAUUGAGUGAAUUGAAACCGUGUAAUACACAUCAUAUCCAAUUAGAGAAAUUUUUAUUUACUGAUUCACCCGAUAAGCCAGGAAAAACUAAUGAACCCUGUGAUGAAAACAUUGUACUUGUUGGGGUACAUAGAAGUAACUUUGGUAAAUAUGAUAUUAUUUACUCGGGCGAAAUACAAGGAAUUAUUUCACAAGAAAAAAUUAAAGAUUUUGAUGAUUUGGUAGCUCUCAAUGAUUGCCGUUUUGUUUUCACUAAGCAAAUGUGGAAAACAAUUAAAAAUAAAGAUAAUAAAUAUUUAAAAUAUUGGCUACAAUCGUAUUUAGCCAAUGUCAAAGAUAUUUAUGUUGGCUAUAAAAACAAAAAUGGAAUUAUAGAAGAACCCAUAGAAAAUAUAACAGCAAGAAAUCUGCCCAAGAACUGUUUUUGGAAGCCAUCAAUUUGUAUGGGACUUUUAUAUGAUUUUUUACAAAAUGUAGAAAAACGCAUGUCUACUGUCAACUGUUUAAAUACUGUCUAUAUGUUUCACUACAAUCCGGAAGAGAAAAUCUUUAGUUAUGAAAUUUUUAAGGGUAAAACUGAUAAAACAUUUAUAUCUGAAGAUUAUAUGAAAUAUUAUAAGAAUUUAUCAAAUAUGUAAUUUAUUGUUAUUGUUGUAUUUAUGUAUACGUUAUGAGUUUAAAUAAUUUAAGGAUAGAAUAAUUGAUAUUUUACUAGUUUAAAAAUAUAGUGAAUUUAUUACUAUGUAAAAAAAUGAAAAAAA